AUGGUGCAAUUCGUACUUUUCUUCUUGGAGGAUAGAGGUAUCGCCUGGUGGGAGACUGCUGAGAGGAUGCUAAGUAGAGACGUUAGCAAGAUAACCUGGGAGCAGUUCAAAGAGAGGUUCUAUGCUAAGUUCUUCUCUGCCAAUGUGAGGUACGCUAAGCAGCAAAAGUUCCUAAACUUGGAGCAAGGCGACAUGACCAUUGAGAAAUAUGAUGCAGAGUUUGAUAUGCUAUCCCGCUUUGCUCCCGAGGUAGUAAAGGAUGAGGCCACCAAGACCGAAAAGUUCGUUAGAGGUCUCAGACUAGACUUCCAAGGAGGUCAUUUCCAGCGGCAUCACCAAGAGCUUGCUGCUACAGGAAAGACUGUGAAAGAACUACCUGCGUGUCGGAGCUGUGAGAGAUAUCAUGGAGGUCGUUGCUUAGCAGGAAUUGGAGUUUGUUUCAGGUGCAAGCAACCAGGGCAUACAGUUGACUUUUGUCCUCAGAAACUGCUUGAGACUACAUCGAACCAGACUCCCACUCCUCAACUGGGAAGAGUUUUUGCCACUAUUCGUCAGGAGGCCGAGCAAGUUGGUACCGUAGUGACAGAGGUAGAACCGUUGAGUAGUAUGCUAUCUAUUUCUACUUCAUCGGGAGAAGUCAUGUUGUCUAAAGAUAAGAUAAAGGCAUGUCAAGUAGGGAUAGCAAACCAUGUAUUAGAUGUAACCUUGUUAGUUUUAGACAUGUGGGAUUUUAAAGUAAUUCUAGGUAUGGAUUGGUUGUCUGCUAACCAUGCAAGCAUAGAAUGUUCAUGCAAGGAGGUAGUUUUUAACCCUCCUUCAGCGACUAGCUUCAAGUUCAAGAGAGGAGGAACUGUGGUCCUACCUAAGGUCAUCUCAGUUAUGAAAGCAAGUAAGCUACUCAACCAGGGUACUUGGAGUAUCUUGGCCAACAUAGUAGACACUAGAGAGCCAGAAGUUUCUAUGUCAUCUGAGUCGGUGGUGAGAGAGGAGAUUGACUUUGUUAUUGAGCUGGUGCCAGACACUGCUCCUAUAUCUAGAGCUCCUUAUAGAAUAGCCCCAGAUGAGCUGAAAGAGCUAAAGGUCCAGUUGCAGGAGUUACUUGAUAAGGGUUUCAUACGACCUGGUGUGUCACCUUAA